AUGGACAACCUUCACGCGCCAACUAUCCCGUCUGGGCCCUCCAGCAGGCCGGCUCAAAAUGGCCAAAGCAUCCAGCGCACAAUGGGGGAGCUUCAGCACAAGAAGGCGGACAUCGAGGCAGAACUAAGAGCCCUCAGCGGAGUUCUCGACUCGCAUGGGGUUGACAUGAAUACGCCACUGCUUACUCGAGAUGGCUUUCCGAGGGCGGAUAUUGAUGUUGCUCAGAUUCGGACAACGAGAUCUAGAAUUAUUCAUCUACGAAACGAUUACAAGGACCUGAUGGAUACCAUCGAGAAACGGAUACACGAGCACUUCGCAAGCCUCCCCGAGGAAUCCACUGCAACGCCGGAACCUGCUGUUCGGGACGGACCCCCUGCCGCGGCCCUUCGGGACUACGUUGCUCCGGCCACGCUUAUGGAGGCGUUCGCAAAGGUGAACACGGUUGCGGAUGGAGGCCCUGCAGCGGCCGCGGGUCUCAAGCCAGGCGACGAGAUUCGUGCCUUUGGCUACGUCAACGCCUCAAAUCACGAUGACCUCAAAAAGGUGGCGGAGUGUGUUCGUGGAAAUGAAGGGGCGCAAUUGAUCGAUUUGUAA